AUUGUUGGGUGAAAUGAAAAAUGAUAACAUUUGGAGGAAUAGGAUCCCUUGCUCUACUCUCUACAAUCUACACCUUGACUGGCCUAUGCAGCUUACCCUUCCGUUUAUGCUCACAAGGAUCGCUCUUGCUGUUCCCAAGCCCACGAAUUCUUAGCCUCUCUCUCUCUCUCUCUUCAACAAUCCAGGACAAUCUUGGAGAACAGAAUUAAGGGUGAAUGCGUAUUUUCUUGAACAUUAUUAUAUAAAAUCUAAAUUUUGGAAUUGGGUAUUUUGUCUGGUAAUCUGGUAUGGCUAUUUGUACUCCAACUUACUUUAUGACUUCGGAUACUUGGUGCCCGAGGGGGGUACUGACUGUUAUUGGGGGGAGAGUUAGCCCUGUGAAAAUGCUCAAUGAAAAGAACGGAUCUUUGAGUUUGAGUGUCAAUAGAAGGGGUGGUUUGAAUUGGUCUCUGCUUAAGUGUUCUGCCAAUUCCAAUAAUUCAGCCAAUGCCCAUAGUGCAAAUCAGUAUCAGAGUAAAGAUCCGUUUCUGAACCUGCAUCCAGAGAUUUCAAUGCUUAGAGGUGAGGGGAACAGUACAAUGAUGACCCCAAGACAGGAAAGUGGCAUUGAAAAUGUCACAGAGAGCUCAAAAGAUUCGUCUAGUGUGAACAAUUUCAAUGAGGCUAAGAUUAAGGUUGUUGGAGUUGGUGGUGGGGGUUCCAAUGCAGUGAAUCGGAUGAUAGAGAGUUCAAUGAAGGGGGUGGAAUUCUGGAUUGUUAAUACUGAUAUACAAGCUAUGAGGAUGUCGCCCGUGUUUCCCCAGCACCGGUUGCAAAUUGGUCAGGAGCUUACUAGAGGACUUGGUGCUGGUGGGAAUCCAGAUAUUGGUACGAAUGCUGCCAAGGAAAGCAAGGAGGCAAUUGAGGAAGCAGUUUAUGGUGCAGAUAUGGUCUUUGUGACUGCUGGAAUGGGGGGUGGAACAGGGACUGGAGCAGCUCCUGUAAUAGCAGGAACUGCAAAAUCAAUGGGUAUCUUGACUGUUGGUAUUGUCACAACCCCCUUUUCAUUUGAAGGGCGAAGAAGAGCAGUUCAAGCCCAAGAAGGAAUUGCAGCUUUAAGAGAAAAUGUUGAUACUCUGAUUGUCAUCCCCAAUGACAAGUUGUUGACUGCUGUUUCCCCAUCUACCCCAGUAACAGAAGCAUUUAAUCUGGCUGAUGAUAUUUUACGACAAGGUGUUCGUGGUAUCUCUGAUAUAAUAACGAUUCCGGGAUUGGUGAACGUAGAUUUUGCCGAUGUACGUGCUAUUAUGGAAAGUGCUGGUUCCUCAUUAAUGGGGAUAGGAACUGCAACAGGGAAGACCAGAGCCAGAGAUGCUGCUUUAAAUGCCAUUCAGUCUCCAUUAUUAGAUAUUGGUAUUGAGAGGGCUACUGGAAUUGUGUGGAAUAUAACUGGUGGGACUGACUUGACAUUGUUUGAGGUAAACGCUGCAGCAGAGGUCAUAUAUGACCUUGUUGAUCCAAGUGCGAACUUAAUUUUUGGAGCUGUUAUCGAUCCCUCAAUAAGUGGUCAGGUUAGUAUUACUUUAAUUGCCACUGGAUUCAAACGGCAAGAAGGUGAUGACAAGCCCCUCCAGGCAAAUCAGCUAGCACCGGGAGAUGCUUCCAUCGGAAUCAAUCGACGGCCAGCAUCAUUCAUGGAUGGCAGUUCAGUCGAGAUCCCUGAGUUUUUGAAGAAGAAAGGACGAUCACGCUAUCCAAGAGCUUAGCAGGAUUUCAAUAAUGCAUCAAAGGGCGAAUUCACCUCCAAGAAAGCAUUAGUCCAUCACGCAUUUCUCAAUAAAGUGCUAUACGUAUGUGAUCUUUUAGUUGGUGAAUAUUUAGCGCUUCCGAGCCAAUCUAGUAGAAUAAGUUGUCAAUCUUUGCGAUUAGUUGAGAAAGGUUUAUAGAAGACAAUUAGAUGAGCUUUGUGGUGGUGUGUACAGUGUAUUAUAUUUGAUGCUUAGUUGAAGGCUUCCAUGAUUAUGGUUUAUGAAAUAGGGCAGUUUUGGUUAUUCCAGUUCUUGUACUAA